AUGCGUACAAGAUGCCUCGUAGUUCACGACUAUGACACGGCCGUAAACUCCGACUGUGACACGGGCGUGAACUCCGACGUUGACACGGCCGUGAACUCCGACGAUGACACGGCCGUGAACUCCGACGAUGACACGGCCGUGAACUCCGACGAUGACACGGCCGUGAACUCCGACGUUGACACGGCCGUGAACUCCGACGGUGACACGGGCGUGAACUCCGACGGUGACACGGGCGUGAACUCCGACGGUGACACGGGCGUGAACUCCGACUGUGACACGGGCGUGAACUCCGACUGUGACACGGGCGUGAACUCCGACUGUGACACGGGCGUGAACUCCGACUGUGACACGGGCGUGAACUCCGACUGUGACACGGCCGUGAACUCCGACUGUGACACGGCCGUGAACUCCGACUGUGACACGGGCGUGAACUCCGACUGUGACACGGGCGUGAACUCCGACGUUGACACGGGCGUGAACUCCGACGUCGACACGGGCGUGAACUCCGACGUCGACACGGGCGUGAACUCCGACGUUGACACGGGCGUGAACUCCGACGUUGACACGGGCGUGAACUACGACGUCGACACGGGCGUGAACUCCGACGUUGACACGGGCGUGAACUCCGACGUUGACACGGGCGUGAACUACGACGUCGACACGGGCGUGAACUCCGACGUCGACACGGGCGUGAACUCCGACGAUGACACGGCCGUGAACUACGACGUCGACACGGGCGUGAACUCCGACGUCGACACGGCCGUGAACUACGACGAUGACACGGGCGUGAACUCCGAGGAUGACACGGGCGUGAACUCCGAGGAUGACACGGCCGUGAACUCCGAGGAUGACACGGCCGUGAACUCCGACUGUGACACAGGCGUGAACUACGACUAUGACACGGGCGUGAACUACGACUAUGACACGGGCGUGAACUCCGACUAUGACACGGGCGUGAACUCCGACUAUGACACGGGCGUGAACUACGACUAUGACACGGGCGUGAACUACGACUAUGACACGGGCGUGAACUACGACGAUGACACGGGCGUGAACUACGACGAUGACACGGGCGUGAACUACGACUAUGACACGGGCGUGAACUACGACUAUGACACGGGCGUGAACUACGACGAUGACACGGGCGUGAACUACGACGAUGACACGGGCGUGAACUACGACGAUGACACGGGCGUGAACUACGACGAUGACACGGGCGUGAACUCCGACUAUGACACGGGCGUGAACUACGACUAUGACACGGGCGUGAACUACGACGAUGACACGGGCGUGAACUACGACGAUGACACGGGCGUGAACUACGACGAUGACACGGGCGUGAACUACGACGAUGACACGGGCGUGAACUACGACGAUGACACGGGCGUGAACUACGACUAUGACACGGCCGUGAACUACGACUAUGACACGGGCGUGAACUACGACGUUGACACGGCCGUGAACUACGACGAUGACACGGCCGUGAACUACGACGAUGACACGGCCGUGAACUACGACUAUGACACGGCCGUGAACUACGACGUUGACACGGCCGUGAACUACGACGUUGACACGGCCGUGAACUACGACGAUGACACGGGCGUGAACUACGACUAUGACAGUGACUAUGUCAUAGCCGUGAACUACGACUACGCUAAGUCGUAA